AUGACUGAAAAUAAGGUGUCAGAACACCAAGAAGGAUUCUUCAAAGCAACUACACUGACAUACGGAUAUAGAAGUACGAUGACACUAAAGGCUUGGUUAAAGAUCAACAUCAUGAUAGCCACAGCCCACCAACAGCUCACGUUUCUACUACGAAGCAGACACUUCGACAUCUUACCAACACACAUCUAUAAAUUACGGUUUGACAUUAAAUUCGUUAGUAAAAAUGUUAAUUAUAAAUAUAACAAUUACAAAAAACGUUAUCAAAAGACACUUCUCAACUUCGAAAUUAGAGACAUUAAUUGCAAAUUGCACCACUUACAGAAUAGGAUCAAAGAGAUAGAAAAGUCACUUUUUUUACAAUUACCGGAGACUUUGGUCAAUGAUUUUUUCAAAUUUAAUCGUGAUAAGGUUAUUAAUCAUAACAACAAAACAAAAACCGCCCUAAUAAAUAAAUUCAACCGCAUUUUACACAAAGACAAUCCACUUAUAAAUAAUGAUAAGUCAAAAUGGAUCGUAAACACCAGCAAGAAACAGAUACCAGAAGAUAUUCUCAUGUGUUUAAGCUUAGGUGAUAGAUUUGGCCUACCGAUAGACUCCAACGAUAAGACUGACCGUUUAGACUCCGUCUUACAGGUGAUUAAAAAUUUCGAACUUAACAUCACUAAGAUCUCUAUUGACGCGGCUAAUGACACUCGAGGUUCCCUUGUUAACAUCCUUCUCAACUUUCUAUCUAAGAAUAAACAUAUCAGUCACAUCGAAAAAUUCAUUACUGACUCCUUUCGAAAAUGCAAAAAAUACUUAAAAAAUAACAAUGAUUUAUUAAUAACCAACGCAGAUAAGGGACAAGUGACAGUCGUGAUGGACAAAAAUACGUAUAUUCAAAAAAUGACAAACUUACUUAACGAUAAUAACACUUACAAAAAACUGAAAAGCGACCCUAUCAAUCGCAUAAAAACCAGAGUUAACGAUCUCAUCAAAUCAUGGUGGGACAAAAAAAUUAUAGACGAAUAUACAUACAAACAAUUACGUUGCACCAACGGCAACCUCCCUAGAUGUUACGGAUUACCAAAAGUGCAUAAGACCGACUUUCCGUUACGUAUUAUUGUUUCUACAGUAGGCAGCCCAACGUACAAAAUUGCCAAAUUUCUCGGUGACAUCUUACAAAAAUCCAUCCAGAGACCUAGUUCGCACAUCAAAGAUAGCUGGUCCUUUGUCAAAAAAAUAAACAGAUUAAAAAUCCGUCCAGACCAGUCACUUGUGUCCUUAGAUGCAACAUCUCUUUUCACAAAUAUUCCGAAGGAGUUAGUCCUCAGAGCGAUUGAACAUAGAUGGGAUAUGAUUUCCAAAAACACUAAAUUGAAUCUACAACAAUUUUCACAUGCCAUAGAUUUAAUUUUGACCUCCACCAGCUUCUGUUUCAACGCACAAUUUUACGACCAAGUUUUUGGAACUCCUAUGGGCUCCCCCCUAUCUCCCAUACUAGCUGAUAUGGUGUUAGAUGACCUCGAGACCCAUUGUUUGCAACUAUUGGAUAACCCGUUGACGGCAUUCUUCAGAUACGUUGACGACAUCUUUACUAUUGUCCCCACUUCAAAGAUCAAUGAAAUAUUAAAUUUAUUCAACAACUAUCAUCAGAGGUUGAAAUUCACCUGUGAAAUAGAGACAAACGGAUCAUUGAGUUUCCUUGACACAAUGGUCAUUAGGAACGACGACGCGUUGAUAACAAAUUG